AAAGGCUCAUAGACAGGCUGGAAAGUAGAAAGAAUAAGCCUGUUUAUGUUGAGUUUGCAAAAGGCAUGCAGGUGCGAGGCCACAAUUGUGACUGGACCCAGGUCUGGUGCAAGAUGAAGUCCCUAAGAUCAGAGUUUUACCGAGCCAAAGAUGUGAACUCUUGUUAUGGGGCUAGUCGCACAAUUGCUCCCUUCUACGAUAAGCUGUCCAUCAUUCUCUCCAAGGAUGCGGGUGACAACCCAGGUAUGGAGACUUUCAGCACUGGGUUUGGGCAGGAGGAGGUAGCAGCAGCCCCUCCUGAGGGUGAAACCAUGAGCAUGUCUCAGCUCUACGCAGACCGCUCCCUGAUGACCAUGAAUGGCAGGAAGAACUGUCGGUCACCAUACACUUAUUGCCACUUAGCCCCUCUGUUCCAUGGAGUAGCACAGAUGAUAAAGCAGAGGAGAUGGAGGGUCAGGAAGAAACCCAUACUGCCGGUACAUCAUCUACCGCUACCAAGACCCAAGAACAUGCUGGACCUGGAGGUGGAUGUGGAUGACAGAUUUGGAGAUUUAGAUCUCAGAAAUGAUUCAGAUAUUCCUGAAGUUCCCCCAUCAACAGACAGCACUCCAGAAAUACUCAAAAGAGCUCUUUCUGGCGUAUCUGCCAGAUGGAAAAACUGGUGGAUUCGUGGAAUCUUAACUCUACUUAUGAUUUUGUUGUUUUUCCUCAUCAUAUACCUGGGAUCUUUCAUGCUGAUGUUUCUUGUCUUGAGCAUCCAAGUAAAGUGUUUCCAUGAAAUCAUUACAAUAGGCUACAGAGUCUAUCAUUCCUAUGAUUUACCAUGGUUUAGAACCCUAAGCUGGUACUUUUUGCUGUGUGUAAACUACUUUUUCUAUGGAGAGACAGUGGCAGAUUACUUUGCUACAUUUGUUCAAAGAAGAGAGCAACUUCAGUUUCUAAUUCGCUACCACAGGUUUAUAUCUUUUGCACUCUACUUGACAGGUUUCUGCAUGUUUGUACUGAGUUUAGUGAAGAGACAAUAUCGUCUACAGUUUUACAUGUUCGCAUGGACUCAUGUCACUUUGCUGAUCACUGUAACUCAAUCUCAUCUUGUCAUCCAAAAUCUGUUUGAAGGCAUGAUCUGGUUUCUGGUACCAAUCUCAAGUGUUAUCUGCAAUGAUAUUACUGCUUACAUUUUUGGCUUCUUCUUUGGGAGAACUCCAUUAAUUAAGUUGUCUCCUAAAAAGACCUGGGAAGGGUUCGUUGGAGGUUUCUUCUCUACUGUUGUGUUUGGAUUUAUAUUUUCCUAUCUUUUGGCUCAACAUGAGUAUUUUGUAUGUCCAGUGGAAUACAACAGUGAAACAAACAGAUUUGUUACAGAGUGUGAACCUUCAGAACUCUUCCAGAUACAGAAAUACUCUGUGCCACCACUGCUGAAGACUGUGUUGGGAUGGGAAACAGUGAACAUGUACCCAUUCCAAAUGCACAGCAUUGCUUUGUCAACAUUUGCUUCCUUAAUUGGGCCAUUUGGAGGCUUUUUUGCUAGUGGAUUCAAAAGGGCUUUCAAAAUCAAGGAUUUUGCAGACACUAUUCCUGGCCAUGGUGGAAUAAUGGAUCGUUUUGAUUGUCAAUAUUUGAUGGCUACUUUUGUUCACGUGUAUAUCACCAGUUUCAUAAGGGGCCCAAAUCCUAGCAAAUUGUUGAAACAGCUGUUGGUACUUCAGCCAGAACAACAACUAAGUGUAUAUAAAACCCUGAAAUCUCAUCUCGUAGAAAAAGGGAUCCUUCAACCAUCAACGAAGGGAUAGUGAGACGGAAUGGAGGACUACAGGAAAAUGGCUAGAAAGGCCCUCACGGGAAUACAUUACAAGUGUUCACACUGAUAGUGGCUGAACAUGUAGUCUUGAAGACAUGAAUUUUUUCCCCCCCUGAAAUUACUGUGAAUAUUUAGUAAGACAUUUAAAAUUUGUUACCUAUUCUAGGACAGCGACAUUGCUUGCAAAAUAACUAAACAUUUAAUGAGCAUUUUAGUUUGUGAAGUUGACGGUACUCAUACCAUCAGGUAUAUACAUAGAUAAAUGCCCUCUUUCAGUAUCCAGCCAGAUGGGCUCAAUAGUUUUAAAAAAUAACUUGCAUUCUAAAUGACAGUAACUAAUAUGAAAUCUACUGGAAUUGUGCAAUUUACAAAGCAAAUGUUAAUGUAAUUUAUCAGUACUGGGCUUGCUUUUAAUGCAAGUUUUAUGGUACUGUAUAGGUUAGCAAUAGGUGGCAUAUUUUUAUCUGAAAUGGUUAUUGAGGGAUAAUUGGGAUGAGAUGCUAUUUUAUCCAUUGUCCUACUGAGUGUAUUGUUUCCAAGAAAAAAAAAAUCUCCUGGAUACUGGUGAGGAAAGUGAGGCUGUCACCAAGACUUAGUCUACUUUACAAAGUUCUGCUGGUGGGGCUGUUGUUGACUAAGAAUGCAAAGAGAUCAUGUCCCUGCCUGACACCACCAUCGCAACAAAACCCCUGGUAUGGACACAGUUUUGCCAGUAGAAGGUGACUUUUCCUGGCUAAGCUUUUGCUAUUUAGGGAGCAGCUAUAAAUAUAGUGGAAGAAAAACUCUUUCUUCUGGCAUAGGCUGUGUGCGUGCCAGGGGGCUGUUUUGGGGGCAACUGUGGUUGCUUUCUUGCUGUAAUGAAAAUAACAGCUUGGGCCAAACGUAGACAAGCCCUCAAACAGUUACUGUUGGUUCUCUAAUGUUGUUCAUUAAAAAUGACUAAGUUUAGCUCAGUUUUUAGUUAUAUUUCUUAGAACUUUUUUUUCUAAUGAAACCAAUUCAUAUUAAUAAAAUAGAGGUGCCUGGACUUUGUCACUGACUUUUUGGUACAAAACAUCUGGAAUAGAAGCAGAUAUACAUAUAGUCAGAACUACAGUAUCCAACAAUAUGGGGGUCCUGCAGCUUAGUGAUUUUACACUUCAGGACUUAGUUCCAAGGCUGGGUCACUGUCUGGAGUGAGUUCACGUUAACCUUACUGUUUAUGCCUCAGUUUCCUCAUCUGUAAAAUUGGUGGUAUUUCCCUCUCCUGUGAAGUGCUUUGAGAUCCUUGGAUGAAAAGUGCAAUAUUAGUACUAGUUUUUACCCUUUAUUAUUCCCUUGAAAGCGGUAACUUUUGUCUGACCGACCUAAUAGCUUGGGGUUGAGAUGGCACAUCCUUUUCCCACUGCCUCUUACCACCAGUUAAAGUAACUGUUAGCAUCUCAAAUAAUGUGGGCAAAAAUGUGAGGAUUCAGUCGAAAAAAACCCAAAACCUUACAGAAAGUUGCUGUCCUGUAGACUUAGUGAAGUAAAUGUGAGAAAGUUAACACUUGAAUAAUUCUCCAUUUUUGCUGUUUACUGAUCUCCUUUUACAUACUAUUCCUUUUAUCAUGUGGUGAUAAUUUUAUUGAAAUUGAAAAUAGAUAUACAUGUGUUUUGAAUAAAUGCACAUUAUUCCUUAAUGAACAAAAGCACAUGAAUGCCAAAAAGUGUCUUUUGGUGUCCUGGAGACUGUAACUUGAUACAAUUUAAUUUCCUAAAAAUCUAAUGCAAAUAGGCUUUUCUUGCAUUGAGCACUGACUAUUUAUAUUUGUGAAGGGUUAAAGGUGAAAUCUACAAGUUGUUUGAUGCUACAUAAAACCAUGUAGAAAGCAGGUAGGACUGCUAAUAGGCUGGUUGCUUGUAAAAUUCAAGUUUUUGUUUACAUCAGAUCAGAAUCUGAAACCACUGUAUAUUCUGUUUUGGGACUCCACGCUAUUAUUGCAUUAGGCCAGGGUAUUGUGUACAUAAUCUGUAUAUAGUAAAAUAGUCUAUACAUUGUUAUAAAAGGGUUAUACAGCAUAUGUUCUAAUUCUAAAAGUCUUUCCUCUUGUGAAGAGUAGUGUAAGCACACAGCUGAGGGAAUUGCACUGUACUUUCUAUAUCCUACUCAAAGUACAGUACUUCUGUCAAAAGAAUGUUUUAGAGAAAAAUGACAGCUUUAAAUCAUAUUACUCCAGGUUGUCUUCCACAACUGUGAUUACAGCUGCUCAGUAGAAGUAUAUAUUGAAACCAAGUGCAAGUAGGACAAAAUGCAACAGAACUUGAAGUUUAAAGGGUAACACAGACAAAAAUAUGAGACACAGAAAGUUGCUUGGAAGUAAGUCAAUUUUAUGAAAGACAGAAAUAGAGAGGUGUCUCCUGAAGGAGGAGUGGAUGACCACAAUCAUCCAUGUAGCAGAAACAUAUAAAUAGGCUUUAGCGAUAUAGUAAGGUUUUAGCAGAGGCUUCCUACAAAAACACAGCCUUAUUAGGCGUGGAUGUACAGUAGAGUUGGGUGUAUAUAUAACAUAUAUACAUAUAUAAAUAAAUAAAUAUAAUUUUUAAUUUUAAAUGUUUGAACUUUUGAGUGCAUCUUUAUAGCAUGUAUAUUAUGGAAACAGAAUGUAUUUUAGCAUUGAGUACUUUAAAGCAAAUGAAGUUAAUGGCUGUAUAUUUGCACAGGAAAAAAGAACAAAACUACAAGUUAUUUCACAGGCUAAAGUUAAAAUGAAGCAAGAUUCUUCAGAAAUAUUAAUGGUUAACCACUCAGUCUGCUGAUUUUGACAUAUUCUUAGCAUACUGGGUUAGGCCUUGGUGUAUAUCUUUUCAAGACUCAGUUCUUAUGGAAUGCCAGGAGCACCUCUGCUGUGUGUAAAAUGAGUUUUCUUCCAAGAUUUCUCGUUCUUCCAUGAAUUUAACCAUACAAGGACACAAUGACUUAGGAGAGGCUGAUUUUUACACCAGUGAUUUCUCUUCAUUUGUUUUUUUGCUUAACAAGGAUGUUGUGAUUGCCUCAUUGAGCAGACAGUGUAGGAACAAUGUCUAUAUUGUACAUGCUGUUAGCAUAUUAUGUAUGUUUUAAUUGAUGGUUUCAAUCUUUAAACUGGGAUUGGGCGAAUAAAAUUGGGG